AUGGAAAAACUUUUCACCACCGAUUUAAUUAUUGCAUUUAUUGCAAUUGUUUUACAUGUUGUAAACUAUAAUGCAACUGCUCAAUUCGAAUAUAAAACUAGAACAUUUACAAAAAUUAUUGGUAAACAAACAAUUUAUUAUUAUGCAGUUUAUUUAGUUAUUUCAGCUCUUAUUCGUGACCAUUUUAUUAAUGCAGCAAUCGAUAAAGACCAAAACUCAUUAGUUCUUUUCCCACAAGAAGUUGCUAAAUUUUUUGGUAACUCUUGCUUCAUCUUUGGUAUUUUAUUAAAUAUUUGGACUCUUAAAGCAUUAGGUAUUAAAGGUAUGUAUAAUGGUGAUAGUUUUGGUCAUCUCAUGGAUGCCCCAGUUACCACUGGUCCAUACGUUUAUUUCAGUGAUCCACAAUAUGUUGGUACCACUAUUGCCGCCAUCGGUGCCGCUAUUAGAUACCAAAGUAUGACAGGUUAUUUAUGUUCAAUUUUAGUUGGUAUUGUUUUCUAUAUCUCUGCCACUUUUGUUGAAACUCCACAUUUAAAUAAGAUUUAUUCAAACAGAUCAUAUUCAAAGAUUAAUUUCAAAAAUUUCAAUAAAAAAAACCUUUAA